AGUCUGGUCAAAUUUUGGGCCACCUCCCCAAUAAAGAAUACCUAAUUAUAAUGAGCAAUUGGAAAUUAAAAGCGAUUAAUAGGGCUUAUAAGAAAACAACUGAGUUAAGAAAUUUCAAUUAUAUUGUUAAUCCUCAUGUCAUCAACCUUAUAGGAAACAUAAAAGACAAAACCGUAUUAGACGUCGGUUGCGGAUUCGGGAGGUACCUAGAAAUUCUCUCCAAGCAUACCCCGUCAAAAUUGGUGGGGUGUGAUAUUUCUGAGCAUCAAAUACAAUUGUGUAAAGAAAGUGUAAAAAAUAAAGAUAUAGAAUAUUACAUCGUUGAUUUUUCUGAUGCUAGCAGCUCUAUAGCUUUAGGACAGAACAAAUAUGAUAUUGUCUACAAUGUGUUUGUAAUAUUAUAUAUAGAAACUCUUGAAAAAUUAAAAACAUGCAUUGAAAAUUGUUACAAAUGCUUAAAAAAGGGUGGAAAAGUUGUUAUAUGUACGUUGGAUAUUCUAAGUGCCUCAUUUUAUCCAGAAGUCUUUGAUAUACUAAAGCUUACCGCAAAACCUUUAACUAAGGAUAAUGAGUUUACUGAUGGUUGUCCUAUACAAAUGGAAAUCAUAGAAAAUUGCAUUGUCACCUGUUAUCAAAGAAAUUUCGAGACCAUAAAACAAUUAAUUGAACAAGUGGGUUUUACUGAUGUUAGAAAAGGUGACUUAUUUCUUGACGAAAUCGCCUUACAAGCUUUUACAGAUAAGGAACUGAAUGUUAUAAAAAAAUCCAAUAUAUUUCUAUUCUUAAAAGCUAAAAAACUAUAAAUAAUGAUGGCAUGGCAAGUAGUAAAUACUUAUUUUUAUACAUGUAAAAUACUGAAAUAAAUGUUUACCUGUUAUUUCUAGUUUUCU